AUGAGUGCAAAAACGUUCGUAGACGGAUUAUUGAAGUCCUACAAGGUUGUGGUAUUCAGCAAAUCGUACUGCCCUUAUUGUCACAAAGCUCGUGCGGCGUUGGAAAGUCAAAACCUGAAACCAGGAGCAAUGGAAUGGGUGGACAUCGAAAGCAGACCUGACUGCGCAGAAAUUCAGGACUAUUUGCAGACCCUAACAGGAGCAAGGUCGGUUCCUCGAGUGUUUAUAAACGCGAAAUUCUUCGGCGGAGGUGACGACACAGCUGCUGCUGCAAAAAAUGGAAAACUCGCUCAGAUACUUAAAGAGGCACAGGCUAUCUAA